GCACGCGCGGUACCCGUUAGUGGCCGCGAUGACAACAUUGACACUGCGCGGUGACGUCACAGCCCUGAAGUCAAGGCAUUCCCAUGGCUUCCUGUUCCCGCGACCCUGUCCGUGAAAUCCUCGGCCGGAGCUUCGGCUUUCAGUCUUUUCGCUCUCAGCGACAGGAGAGCGCGGCUAGGGCCGUUUUGAGAGGUGACAAGGAUGUCUUUAUCUGCAUGCCAACAGGGGCCGGGAAAUCUCUCUGUUACCAGUUACCAGCUGUACUUGCUGAGGGUGUCACCAUUGUGAUCUCCCCACUGAUUGCUCUUAUUCAAGACCAGAUUGAACACAUGAGCGUGCUGAAGAUCAGAGCGUGCUCCCUGAAUUCUAAGCUGUCCCUUGAGGAGCGAAAAAUGGUCCUUUCUGACUUGAAUUCUGAGAAGCCUGGCAUCAAACUUCUCUACAUCACCCCAGAGAUGGCAGCUUCCAACACCAUGCAUUCCAUCUUCGACUCCCUGUUGGCCCGAAAUCUCCUAUCAUACCUGGUCAUCGAUGAGGCUCAUUGUGUAUCACAGUGGGGGCAUGACUUUCGACCGGAUUACCUCAAACUGGGGUCUUUACGCAGUAGGGCUCCUGGUAUCCCCUGCGUGGCUUUGACUGCUACAGCCCCUCAGAAGGUGCAAGAUGACAUUGUAGCAGCUCUUCAGCUGAAGCAGCCUAUUGCAGUCUUCAAAAGUCCUUGCUUCAGAGCUAAUCUAUUCUAUGAUAUUGUCUUCAAAGAGAUCUUGAAUGAACCCUACGUCAAUCUGAAGGCAUUCUGUGGAAAGGCUCUGGGACAGAAGAACUCUACAGGGGAUGGAUUUGUUGCCCAUUGGAAUCUUGCAAAAUCAAUGGCUGCUUAUUACCAAGAAUCUGGGAGAGCAGGGAGAGACGGGAAGCCCUCGUUUUGCCGUAUUUAUUACUCCAGAAUCGAUCGGGAGAACAUCGGUUUUCUGAUCAAGAAAGAGAUCGCUCAGAAGCAGAGCAAGAGAGGAUCUGUAAAGAGUUUUGACAAAUCCUCCCUGGUUGGCUUUGAGACUCUGGUUUCCUUCUGUGAGCAGCCAGGGUGUCGACAUGCAGCCAUUGCCAAGUAUUUUGGAGAUGAGGUGCCAGCCUGUAAUCGAACCUGUGAUCAUUGUAAGAAUCCAGAGAUUGUGAUGAGACAGCUGGAUUCCCUUCAGAGAUUCGAAAUCAGCAAGGCUCAGACAUCUGUUAAAAUGCCAACAUCCCAGGGGCCAUUUGGGUACAUCCACGAUCUGUAUGAAGGAGGAAGGAAGGGCUAUGGCUUUGAAAGAUAUGGUAAUGAAGAUGGUGAUAACGAAUCAGAUGGAGAAAAUGAGUCCAGAAAAAAGGAAUGGAACGCAUUUUUUCAUAAACAGAUGAAGCUACGGAAGAAUGGAGAGCCUGAAAAGGAUAACUUCGUACCACCUGAUCCUGACUGUCCCCUCCGAGAUGCAGCUAAUCGGAAAAUACCCAAGUUGUCUGUCAAGGCACGUGAACACUGUCUCCACAUGUUGGAGGAGGCGCUGACCAAGAAUAAACAGGAAAUUGCAAAGCCAGAGUGGGCAGACCCUCACUCAUGUGCUGUACAGAUGGAAUAUGAAGCUUUCAAAAUCAGCAAGAUGGCUAACUUAUACAAAGCACUGGUGCUAAAAAAGGUUGGAGAAAUUAAUAAGUCAACACAAAAUAAGCCUUUGCAUCCAAAACGGACAGAAAUGGAUACUGAAGUAGCAUCAACAGAUUGUGAAAAAGAUGGUGAAACGUUUAUUUCUGCAUCACAGGUCUAUUCUUUCAAACGAAAGCGUGUGGGAGUAGGAGGUCAGAGUUUAUCUAGCCCAUUCCGAACUGCAGGAGAGAUGCUGAAGAACUCAGUGCGAGUGAACAGUGAGCAGAAGAAUAACACUAGCUCAGAAAGCCCAAUAUACCAUUCGGAUGGAAUGAGAAAGAAAGAAAUUACAAGCUCUCUAGAAGUCAUGAAACCCUCUGCACAUGCUAAUGAGAGGACAGGUCAGUGCUCACCUCUCCACUCCAGUCCCAGCAAGAGGAAACCCACCAAAAAGCAAUUGCUGGCAGAGAGUGCCAAGAAAGACUCUCAGAAUAUUACCAAAUUCUUCCAGCAGAGCAAAUCUAAAGGGGCAGCAGAUGCAUCAGUCAAAGUCCCCGGUGAGGGCUGCAGCACAUUCGUUAAUGAUAUACCAGAAGAAGAGGACAGCACGAGAGCAUCCUCUUCCACUUCGGCCUUGUCUGGGGAACUGGGAUCUCUUCCAGAUCUUGAUAAAGUGACUAAGACUGUAAAUAAGGACAUGGUACAAAAAUGUUUACUGACCCAUCAUGACAUGGAGGAGAAGACAAGCGUUAGAAACAUGGAGAAAGGUCCUGCUGGGAAAAUACCAGAUGAUGCAAGAAGCCAAGGAUUGGAAGUUGCUCCCUUUGCUCGUGAGAAACGACCAGCAACAGAUGAAGGACGAGGAUCACUGGACUUGAAACGACAACGAAACAGCAUCAAUUCUUCCAUCUUAUGCCCUCCUGAUGUUAAGGGCAGUCAGAAUAAGAAAAAGGUGACCUUUGACUCCUUGUUUCAGUUAUGUAAAAAUGAUGGAACCAAGAUGUCUCCAGUUGCAGUGAAAGGAGGACAACUGAAACAGGCAGCAGACAUUGUUGUCAAAUGCCUGACUCCUUACUACAAGGAUGGAAGAUUUGCUUCUAAGGAUCUGUUUAAAGCCUUUGCUCGACACCUUUCUCAUUUACUGGUUGUUGAAGAGAAUACCAUGAAAAGAAACGUAAAACAGGAAGCUCAACAUCUAAUCCACAGUUUCUUUAAAAGCUGCAGGAGGUGUGAGAAUGAGAAUGAUUGGAGAAACCUCAAAUCAACAUAGCCAUUUUUUAUUUGAUGCUGUCUGGAACUAUGCGCUUUGUGUUUAUAUUAGUUUAUUAUAUUUAGCAGUUACAAUAUAACUUUGCUUUAAAGCUGCUUAACCUCAGGUAUGACUAUAUCCAUCAAGACUGACCUCUAUGAUUGGAAACAAGCUAUUUGUCAGCCUUUUCUAUGCAGCCUCUUUAUUCUCCAUGCUGAUGAAUGAGAAUGAAGUAAUUUAUUAUAUAGGGUGGUUAUUGUUCUGUGUAAUUAUUGAGGGAUUUGGAACAACUUCACCUGAAUAAAGUUUCUUUAAACUA